UUAUCCAAAAAAAAAAAACCAACUCCACUCCUCUCUCUUCUCUCUCUCUCUCUCUCUAGAACCAGAGAAUGGACGGUCUGAUCAAGGGCUUGAUCGACGUGGCGCUCGGUCAGGGCGACGACCAGCGCGAUGAGUCGGGGCCACAGUCUCGUGAUGAACGGUCCAGAUCCACUUGGGCCGAGGUGGUGUCGAGUGAGCAGGAUAAUGACGAGCAGAGCAGUGAUCGACGCUCUCAUGUAUACGGCCGGAACCAGUGGAGUGGCGAGGAGCAGAGUCAUUACGGGCGCGAUGAGUGGCAGAAUGUCGAUUCAAGACCUUCACGGCGAAAUGAAAGGAUUCCACAUGAGGAGUACGAAAAGGGUGGAGAUAUUUAUGGGCAAAGUCGUUAUGAGCAAAGCCGUUAUGAGCAAAGCCAUUGGAGUAGAAAGGAGGAUGAUGAAAACAGCACUGAUGGUUGGGAGACUGUUGGCAAAAAGCACCCAAGGCGACCACACAAGGUUCAGAAGGAUAACUGGAAUGGAUACAAACGGCCACCCAGUGAGCAACAAUACUCCGAUGAGGUUGAAAUUGGUUCCCGUGUUGAACCUACAGAAGAAGAGCUUGCUGACCUCUCACAAGCAUGCAACAAACUAUGGGAACUUGAUACAAACCGUCUGGUAGCUGGCAAGGACUAUGAAAUUGACUGUGGUGAAGGAAAAAAGGUCUUCCAGAAGGAAGAUAUGGCGGGAGGGAGCUUAUUUAACUGGCUGAAUGAAGACGUAUUCAGGAAGCCUACAUUUUCUCGUUUCUGUUCUCUUCUAGAUAAUUACAAUCCAAAUGAAGGAUGCAAAGAAGUUGUCACGUCUGAAGAGAGACAAGAGCAAGCUGCAUUCAUUGAAGAAAUCAGCAGAACUGCACCCAUUAAAUAUCUUCACAAGUACCUUUCAUCAAAAGGCAUUGUAUCUGAAAACCUUCAAGAUUUUAAGAGAACGAUGACAAGUCUUUGGUUUGACCUCUAUGGCCGAGGUGGUACCUCCGGUUCGUCUUCUGCUUUCGAACAUGUUUUUGUUGGAGAAGUCAAGCAACGUAAUGAACAAGAGAUCUGUGGUUUCCAUAAUUGGCUUCAGUUUUACCUUGAAGAAGCAAAAGGAAGGGUCGACUAUCAAGGUUAUAUUUUCCCUCGACGAUGUGGGCAAGCUCCAGACUCUGAAACCCAGUUGCUCACUAUCCAGUUUGAGUGGAAUGGUCUUCUGAAAUCCGUGUCCAGCACUUUGGUUGGAGUCAGCCCAGAAUUUGAAAUUGCAUUGUACACCCUGUGUUUCUAUGUUGGUGGAGAGGACAACCAUGUUCAGUUGGGUCCAUACUCGGUAAAUAUCAAAUGCUAUCACCUCGGGGACAAAAUCGGGUCAGCAUUUCCUGUAUCGGAGUGUUGAGUUCAGGUAAUCCAGAUUUGUUCUAUGAUAACUGAGUUGACGUAUCGAGGAUAUAAAAUUGCACUGUAAAUGUAGAAACCCUGAAAUAUACAUUUGGCAGCGACAAUUUUAUUUAUCAAAUCACAAUGUGUUUUAAGAUUUAAAUGAUUUAAUCCUAUGUAACUGCAGAAACUUAUCCUGAUAUGUAACAGUAUUUGUGUGUCGUAUUUCUUUGUUAUGCUUUGACUGUAGAAACAAUUGACUAGGAGUCUUCCUUGCUCGUCUGUAUUCUUAUCCCCUUAUCCCACAAAAUAUUCAUUGUAGGCUUGUAGCUUA